AUGGAACUAGGAGCAGUUGACUAUUCAUUAUUAUCGAGUCCAUAUGAUAGUUUUAUGCGAAAGCAUUUGCAACAUUAUGGUUAUUUUUCGGGUCGAGCUGAUAUUAUAAAAAAAUAUGGUUUUCUACCAUCAAAAGCUCAACUUGCUUCAUCAUCAAGUGAUUCAGAAUCAAGUGGUAGUGAAGAAGAACAUGAAAGUAUGUUGUUUAUUUUUAUAUCUCAACUGAGUUUGUUUAUUUAA